UUUGUAACACGUCGUGAUACGAGUUAACCUGAGUUCAAUCCGGCCAGUCGAUUGGUAUCCGCCUUGAAGCAACGUCGCGUCGAAUGCUCUCAAAAUCGUGACAGCGAACAGUAAUUUUCGCCGAGGUGAUAAAUCAAGUUUCAGAGAAACCUUGAAUCAUGUCCGAUCGAAUAAUUUUGCCGGAAUAUCCAAUCCCAGAGGAAUUGAAAUCUGUGCUCCGAACUAAAAGUUAUUCAUUACAAUCGAUAUCUUACAAAUAUGCAAAAAUUAUAGCAGCUUUGAGGAGUGCUAAGUGCAUAGACAUUCAAGAGAAGCAUUAUCUUCAAUUGUUGAAGUUCGCUCUCUACUUGGAGGAGCACCAGAACACCGAAGAAGUAAAAAAGUAUCGAUUGUUUAGACAGCCUUUAAGAAGGAUAAUAGAUCCGACAGGGGACCUGAGACUAGCAUUAUUUCAAAUAAUUGUUGACAAUGUGGUAGAUGAAGAGAGACCUUGGAUAAGACCGAAUGAUUUGGUCGACGUGAUCGAUAUCUAUGACAAUAAUGUAUACACGUUGCGAAUUACAAAAAUAAUCGAAAAUCAAAUUAUCAUCGGUGACUUCUCCAAAAGAUUGUGUGAUACUCAUGUGCCAAGUAAGCUUUACGAUAUCGACUUUCGUUUUCACAACUAUCAGAUGAGAUGUUCUCACUAUGCUAUAACGUUGAUGGACUCACAUAAAACAGUUUCCUACCUUUUCCCAGAGAACAAGCAAUGGCACGUUGAAAAUGACAACUGUCACAUCGAUUCUUUUCAAACGGUCAACCCUAAUAUCGCAAGUAAUCCCGAACAAUUGCAAGCCAUUUGGCAUAUCGUUAAUUUAUCCUCGUUUCCGAUACCUUAUAUUUUAUACGGGCCACCUGGUACGGGCAAAACAGCAACUCUAGUCGAAGCGAUGUGCCAAAUACUCAAGAAUAGUUGUAACAACAUAUUAGUAUGUACCCCGUCAAAUGCUGCAGGAGAUGAAAUUGCUCGAAGACUGCUAAACUUUGUUCCACCUGGUAUGAUUUAUCGAAUGUAUAGCAUGUCUAAGCUCUUCUCAACUGUCAAUGAAGAUUUCAAAUUCUGUUCAAAUGUUGAGAAAAAUGCUGUGGUAUUACCAAACAUCGAGCAUUUUCUCACCAAAAGAAUAGUUAUCACAACUUUAUGUCUUUCAGCCAGGUUAAUAAUGAUGAGGAUUCCGUGUAAUCAUUUCUCGCACGUUUUUAUCGAUGAAGCUGGCCAAGGUACGGAGUGCGAUAUGUUGAUCCCUAUAAGUUUGGUGAGCGAAUGUGGAAAGCUGCACAGCCAAAUCGUGUUUGCUGGCGAUCCAGAGCAAUUGGGCCCAGUAAUUAUGUCGAAACUGGCAAAAAGUAUUUUGGGUCGAUCGAUUCUAGAAAGGCUCAUGUCUUACAACUUAUAUCAGAAGGAUUGUAAUAAUAAGUACAAUCCAAAGUAUAUUACAAAGUUAUUACAAAAUUAUAGAAACGAUCCAGCUAUCCUGCACGUCUCGAACCACCUAUUUUACAAUUCUGAAUUGAUCGCUAAACGUCAAGGAAGUAUAAAGUUUCCAAUUAUUUUUCAUGGCGUCGAAGGCGAAGAAGACAAGUGUCCGAUUUCUUCUAGCCGCUGCAAUAACAAAGAACUGUCUUUAGUGUUGGAUUACGUGGAUGCUUUAUUGAAAAACGGGCUGGGUUUUGGCCGAUUCGUACCCAAAAAUAUCGGUAUCGUGACGCCAUUUACGUUGCAGAGCAAGCAGAUAAAAAAAGAGCUAGAGCUAAGAAGACUGAAAGACAUCAGCGUGGGAACCGUCGAGUUAUUCCAGGGACAAGAGCGAGAUGUGAUAAUAAUGUCGACGGUCAGAUCCAAAACGUUCGUUCACGAAGGUAUAGAACACGUUGGCUUCCUCUCCAGUCCCAAAAGAUUUAACGUUGCCAUUACAAGAGCAAAGCAAUUACUCGUCGUCAUCGGCAACCCAAACGUACUUCAGAUCGAUAACAACUGGCGCUACUUAAUCAAGUUCUGUAUCGCCAACAACUCCUGCAUAGGCGCGACUGUCGAUUUGAAAAAUUUUAAAAACAAGAAGUGCGCGUCUGAUUUCAAUUUUCUAAAAUCUUCGGUUCUUUUUGACAACCAGUCGCUGCUGUCGGUGCACUCGUGUAGCGUUGAGAUGGUAGACCUCAUGGACAAUUUACACGCUUUUGACUGAUCGUCUUAUGCGUCCGCCACAGUUCUCAGUUCUCUUUUUAAAAAGUCUAGUCCUUUUUUUGUUACGUAAUUUUUAUUGUAUUCCGAUUAGUACGAUAUUAUCAUUGUCGACAAGUAUCGGCCGCAUGCUUUACUUUUUAUCGAAAGUUUUGAAUAUUUAAACUUUUGUUCUUGACAUUUCUACGUUCACUCAACGCCUUGUGAAAACAUCGCGAACGUAAUCGUUUUUUUUUUUCUAUUGUCUAACGGGUAAUAAACAUAUAUUAAUUUUUGCAUAUAAAUCGUUUCAAUAACUAUCUCCAUUGCAAAAUUAAAAGAAAUCGAUCUAGAGUGAAAGGAAAAUGGACAGGCUCGUAUGCCAAAAAAGACCAUAAACGUGGAUGCUUUUGAGUGCUCGUGCAGGCUUUCAAAGAGUUUCCAUUUUCCCGCGCACUACUCGCGAAAAAGGCAGAGCUCAGAACCAGAGGCUGGGUCUGACCGAAGUCGAGAACAUGCGCUGCGCAGAAGCUCUGUAUGCUGUAACUGCGCAACGUGUAGUUGCUAGUGCGCACCAACUUUAACAGUAUCCAUGGGUCCGAUUGACAUAGAAGUUUUGCUUAAAUUCUAGUGACAUACGGUUUCAAUUUUAGUGAUUUGCGUUCCGAAUGUUCCAGUACUAACCUUUUUAUUUACACAUUUUUAUUUGAAUUAUAAUUUUUUGUAAUUUAAUUAAUAGAAAAUAUGCAAUAUUUGGUUAUGAAAUAAAUUAUUCUAUUACUGUAAUUAAUAUUAUUAAAGAAUAAUAUUGUAAUAUUAUUGUGAAGUUAUUAAAUAUAAUUCAUUAAAUUAAUUUAUUCAUGGGAUAACCAUGUUCGCAUAAAUAAUUUUAGGCUUCA